AUGCUGUCCCCCAAAAUAUAUCAGUUUCUCGUGGGUGUGUUUGCCUCUAUGGGAUCCGUGCUGUUUGGUUAUGAUCUAGGAGUUAUUGCAGAAGUCAUUGCUUCAGAGACUUUCGUAAGCUUUUUCAAUAAGCCGACACCAACACAGACGGGUAUUGUUGUGUCUUUCUUCACCGGAGGAGCAUUUUGUGGAGCUGGAUUGGCUGGCCCUUGUGGCGACAAACUAGGCAGGAGAUGGACCAUUGUGAUAGGAUGUAUCAUCUACCUUAUUGGUGGUGCUUUUCAAACUGGUGCAGCAAAUAUCAGCUAUUUAAUGGCCGGACGUUGGCUCGCAGGCCUCGGAGUCGGCUUCCUCGUCAUGAUCAUCCCUCUCUACCAGGCUGAGAUUGCCCAUCCAAGUAUUCGUGGCACAAUAACUGCACUCCAACAGUUCAUGCUCGGGAUUGGUGCUUUCGUCGCUGGUUGGGUUUCGUACGGCACUUAUGUUGGUAUCAAGGAUUCGACUGCCCAGUGGAGGGUGCCACUGGCAAUUCAACUUAUACCAGCGAUCGUUCUCGGAGCAUUGAUAUUUUUGUUCCCGGAAAGUCCUAGAUGGCUGAUGGAUAAUGGCAAACCGGAGGAAGGCCUCAAGACUCUGGCCCGUCUCCAUUCGAACGGCGAUGUGAACGAUCCAUGGGUUCAGGCUGAGUUCGAUCAAAUCCAAGCCAGCAUCACCCACGAGCACGAGAACGAAGCCAAGUCUUACCUAGAACUUUUCACUGACAGGUCAUGUUUCCGACGACUUUUGAUUGCUUGCGCACUACAAGCAUCCGUCCAGAUGACUGGUGUGUCAGCUAUUCAAUACUACAGUGUGAAGAUUUACGGUCAAAUUGGAAUCGACGGGGCCAACGCUCUCAAGUACCAAGCUAUCAAUAACAUUAUCGGCUUGCUUGGUGAGGGAGCCUGCGUUGUCUUUAUCGACAGAUUGGGAAGAAGACGGCCUUUGAUCAGUGGUAAUCUGUUCAACAUGGUUUGCUUCCUUGUCGCCUGCAUUUUGAUUGCACAGUUUCCACCCGGAGUCGCAAACAAUAAAGCCGCAUCUUGGGGUUUUAUCAUCUGUACUUGGGCAUACAACUUCUCCUUCUCUGCAACGUGCGGACCGUUAUCUUGGAUCAUUCCUGCCGAGAUCUUCGACACCAAAACCCGUUCCAAGGGUGUCUCUAUUGCCACGAUGGUCUCCUUUGCCUUCAACACGAUGAUCGGACAAAUUACCGAUGUCGCCAUGACGAAUCUCGGCUACAGAUACUAUUUCCUCUUCAUCAUUUGUAAUUUUACAAAUGCAUUGUUUUUCUAUCUCCUCUUACCGGAAACCAAGAACCUUCCACUCGAGGAGAUGAAUUACCUCUUCACAAAUGCGCCUUACUUGGUCGCUUUUACGGAUAAAAAGACGUACAACGCAGGUUACGCCGAUGAGUUGGAAAGAAGAGCCCUUGAGAUUCAAGAGAAGGGACAGGUUGUUGAACAUAUCAAUUAG